UCUUUCAUACAUACAAUUACAAAAGAGAACAAACGUUGAAACGUACCGUACGUGUGUUUCUUUAAUAAAGAUUAGAUUAUUCACACGUUAAUUGUGUUUGGAAAUCAUAAUGUUGGACGAUGCUAUUGUUGCCAUCGGAAGUGCUAAUGACUGUGAUAUAUUGGUUGAAAAAUUUUCACAGUCAGAGAGUUUGAGCUUUGCUGACUUUGCACGUGUAUGGAAAGCAUCACAUUUUGAACUUAUAUUUUGUGGAAGGAGUUCGGAAGAACUGCCACUUCUUGCAAGUGAACUGUUAGCUAUCGCAAAAGCUAUAAUUUUGAAUGUAAAUAAAGAGUUUGCAUCCAGGGUUGGAGGACUUUACCUUAUGUAUGGAUUGUACUUUACUCAAAAAGCCAAAUCCAAAAUUCGUUUAACUCUAAGUGAAUUCAAGGAAUUCAUGAAGUUCACUUGUGAAUUGAAAGAACAGAAUAAUAUGGAUGCUGAAUUUAUUUUCCAGAAACUUUUUAUUGCUAAAGCGUUUUUGUUCUGUGCUUGCAGUACCCCAAACAAGUACAUCCAAAUGAAUAAAAAAUGCCAGUCUGAAGAAGACGUUGGAAAUGCAAUGGAUGAGAAUGAAUGUAGAUUGAUUGGAUGUGAGGGUUUGUCAUCUAAUAGUCUAAGAAAUGUAGACCUUUUGCACUCUAAAUACGAAGAGUUAAAGCCUCAGAUAGCAGGAUUUGUAACAACUUCUUCAUCUGCUGCUCCCAGUAAGAAUUUUCCCUCUGAAAUUCAGGCAAUUCUAGAUGCGUUCAAGUCCGAUAUUGCUAAAAUAAAAAAUAAUGGUACCAAGCAAGGAAAACCUACGAGCGUUGCUGAAGAAGUAAAUCAAGGUGUUAUUCGAAGAAGAAUAGUGAAUUCUUCGUUUCAGUCUCAAAGCCGAUCACGUCGUAUGCCUGUAGAUGUUACAUCUAUGGACUCGGCCAGGAAAUCAUCGAAAUCUAAGCGAGACCACUGAACUGAUCUAUACAUUGAAGGAAGUUUUUUUUAUUUUUCAUAAGGGUUGAACAAUCAUUUGAAAAUAAACCCAAAACUCAGUAACCGUAUUUUCUGU